AUGAGUGGAUCAGGGAAUAAGCAUAAUGAGGAAACAUUGUUCGAUAUCGACUUUCUAGACGACAGCUAUAUAGCGGAUACCAACAAUAGAAGUGUAACUGUAAAUGGUCACAAUUCAGUGCCAAUUAUUGAUUCGGGCAUUGAUGAAAUUGAACGAUAUCAAGCUAAUUUAAUACCACGGGAGAUCAUAGAUCUAGAUAGGGUUUCUUUAUCUCGUCGUGGCGACAGUAUAGAAAACGACAUUAUACACAAUCCAUUUGAUGACGAAAAUGCUACACAACAUUAUGAUGCAUCUAAUAAUAAUCUGUCUGUGGCACAACCGAGCGGAUGGCAGAAAUUUGUUGGUGGCCUAAAAAGUGGCAUUGGCAUAAAUAGUGCAGCUGAUAGUCGAUAUCAAAGUUUUGAAAUGGACAACUACGCAGAGGUCACUGGUGAAGGCAGGUACAAAAGAUCUCGGAAUAAAUUCGACCUGAAAGUCAUAUUCGAUAAGUUCAUCUUAAGAACUAAGCGAAAUUCUGCUGCAGAUAGCAAUGGACCGCGGGUAAUCUAUAUCAACGAUAAAGUUGCCAACUCCAACUUAGGCUAUGGUGAUAAUCACAUUUCAACUACAAAAUAUAAUUUUGCGACAUUCUUACCAAAAUUUUUAUUUCAGGAGUUUUCAAAAUAUGCUAAUUUAUUUUUCCUUUUCACUUCCGUCAUCCAGCAGGUGCCAAAUGUAACACCCACUAAUAGAUUCACUACAAUUGGCACUUUAAUUGUUGUUUUGAUAGUGUCAGCUAUUAAAGAGUGCGUAGAAGAUUUAAAAAGAUCCAACUCUGACAAAGACCUAAACGAUUCUAGAGCGGAAGUUUAUUCUGAAAAUACCGGUCACUUUAUCUCCAAAAAAUGGAUUGAUUUAUCAGUAGGUAAUAUUAUCAGAGUGCGCUCUGAAGAAGCCAUUCCUGCUGAUUUGAUUGUAUUAUCGUCUUCUGAACCAGAAGGUCUUUGUUAUAUCGAAACUGCUAAUUUAGAUGGUGAAACUAAUUUGAAAAUUAAACAAGCAAGAAUAGAAACCUCAAAAUUCCUAGAUGAGGCUCAACUGAGCACCAUGCGCGGUAAACUACUUUCAGAACCACCAAACUCCAGUUUAUAUACAUACGAAGGAACAAUAACUUUAAAUGGGACCAAAAUCCCGUUGAACCCUGAUCAAAUGAUUUUGAGAGGUGCAGUAUUGAGGAACACUGCAUGGAUUUUUGGUAUAGUGGUUUUCACAGGCCACGAAACGAAGCUAAUGCGUAAUGCUACAGCUACUCCAAUUAAGAGGACAGCUGUUGAACGAGUAAUAAAUAUGCAAAUUGUUGCAUUGUUUGGUGUUUUAAUUGUGCUUGCAGUGGUUUCUUCUUUGGGUAACGUGAUUGUGAUGUCCACAAAUUCUAAAGCCCUAGGCUACUUGUAUCUAGAAGGGACGAAUUGGUUCAGUUUGUUUUUUAAGGAUAUUUUAACAUACUGGAUUUUAUUUUCCAACUUGGUCCCAAUUUCAUUGUUUGUUACUGUUGAAAUGAUCAAAUAUUAUCAAGCCUAUAUGAUUGCUUCGGAUUUAGAUAUGUUUCACGAAGAAUCAAAUACGCCUACGGUGGUUAGAACUUCUUCUUUGGUUGAGGAAUUGGGGCAAAUUGAAUAUGUAUUUAGUGACAAGACUGGAACGUUGACUAGAAAUGUAAUGGAGUUUAAGUCGUGUUCAAUUGCAGGCCGUUGCUAUAUUGAAACUAUCCCUGAGGACAAAACCGCGGUCGUGGAUGACGGCAUUGAACUUGGCUUUAGAACGUAUCAAGAAAUGAGUGCCUAUCUUGAUGACACUUCCACUGUGGAAGGGUCUAUUAUUGAUGAAUUUUUGACAUUGUUAUCCACUUGUCAUACUGUCAUUCCUGAAUUUCAAGAUGAUGCGUCUAUCAAAUAUCAGGCUGCUUCUCCCGAUGAGGGUGCUCUAGUUCAAGGUGCUGCAACUUUGGGUUAUAAAUUUAUCAUUCGUAAACCUAAUUCUGUUACAAUAGUUAAAGAAGCCACCGGUGAAGAUAUUGUAUACGAAUUGUUAAACGUUUGUGAAUUCAACUCUACCAGAAAAAGAAUGAGCGCCAUUUUUAGAUUACCUGAUAAUUCUAUCAAAUUGUUCUGUAAAGGUGCUGACACUGUUAUUUUAGAAAGGUUGGAUAGUAAUCAUAAUCCUUACGUUGAAGCUACAUUAAGGCAUUUAGAAGACUAUGCUGCCGAGGGUUUAAGAACGCUAUGUAUUGCCACAAGAACAGUCUCUGAAGAAGAGUAUCAAAACUGGAGUCAUGCGUAUGAUUCAGCUGCCACUAGCCUGGAAAAUAGAGCAGUUGAAUUAGAUAAGGCUGCGGAGCUAAUUGAAAAGGAUUUAUUAUUAAUUGGUGCAACAGCCAUUGAGGAUAAACUACAAGAUGGUGUUCCUGAAACAAUUCACACGUUGCAAGAUGCUGGUAUAAAAAUUUGGGUUUUGACUGGUGACAGGCAAGAGACAGCCAUAAAUAUUGGUAUGAGUUGUCGCUUGUUAAGUGAAGAUAUGAAUUUAUUGAUUGUUAAUGAAGAAGAUAAAGAAGGCACAGAAAAGAAUUUAAUCGACAAGCUAAAAGCAAUUAAUGAGCAUCAAAUUUCUCAGCAAGACAUAAACACAUUGGCAUUGGUUAUUGAUGGUAAGUCUUUAGGCUAUGCAUUGGAACCUGAUUUGGAGGAUCUACUUUUGGCAAUUGGAAAGAUCUGUAAAGCAGUUAUAUGUUGUCGUGUAUCUCCAUUACAAAAGGCCUUGGUUGUAAAGAUGGUGAAGAGGAAGACCAACUCCUUGCUUUUGGCCAUUGGAGAUGGUGCCAAUGAUGUCAGUAUGAUUCAAGCGGCUCAUGUGGGUGUGGGUAUUAGCGGUAUGGAAGGCAUGCAGGCUGCUAGAUCAGCUGAUUUUGCCAUUGGUCAGUUCAAGUAUUUGAAGAAAUUAUUGCUUGUUCAUGGCUCUUGGUCAUACCAAAGGAUAUCGCAAGCUAUUCUAUAUUCAUUCUACAAAAACAUUGCUCUUUAUAUGACCCAAUUUUGGUAUGUUCUUUCAAACUCAUUUUCUGGACAAUCAAUUAUGGAAUCCUGGACGUUAACAUUUUACAAUGUAUUUUUCACUGUUACACCUCCCUUUGUGUUAGGCGUUUUCGAUCAGUUUGUAAGUAGCAGACUUUUAGAUCGAUACCCGCAGUUGUAUAAAUUAGGGCAGCGUGGGCAGUUUUUUUCUGUUAGAAUAUUUUGGGGAUGGGUUAUAAAUGGUUUCUAUCACUCAGCGAUAACUUUUAUUGGCUCUACUAUGUUUUACCUCUACGGCGCUGCUCUGGAUAUUCAUGGUGAGACGGCGGAUCAUUGGGUUUGGGGUGUUUCAAUAUACACAACUAGUAUUAUAAUUGUGUUAGGAAAAGCCGCACUAAUUACCAAUCAAUGGACUAAAUUUACACUUUUUGCAAUACCUGGUUCUUUAUUAUUUUGGUUGAUUUUCUUCCCGAUAUAUGCAUAUAUAUUUCCAAGACUCAACGUUUCGAAGGAGUAUUAUGGUAUAGUGUCCCACGUUUAUGGUUCAGCUACUUUCUGGUUGAUGUGCAUUGUGCUCCCCGUUUUAGCGCUCCUACGUGACUUACUUUGGAAGUACUAUAAACGCACUUACUCACCUGAAAGUUACCAUGUCGUUCAAGAAAUACAGAAAUAUAACAUAAGUGAUUAUAGGCCGAGAUUAGAGCAAUUCCAAAAAGCCAUUAGAAAAGUAAGGCAGGUCCAAAGAAUGAGAAAACAAAGAGGUUUUGCCUUUUCCCAAAGCGAAGACGGUGGACAAGAGAAAAUCGUUAGAAUGUACGAUACCACACAGAAGAGAGGAGUCUUUGGUGAAUUACAUGAUGCUUCUGCUAAUCCAUUCAGGGAUAAAUAG